CUACUUGAAAUAAAAAAUUAAUAUUUUCUUGGACUGAAAUCAAUUUCUUUUUAGAAUGGAUAAAAAUUUGUUGAAUGUAACUGGUGGUCAGCCUGGAUCUAGUAAAGAAUCAAACAUUAUCAAAUUAGAAAAAGGACGAUUAAAGGUGCCUUUAAAGCCUGGAAGAGGACUUUUGGAUUGGAUAAGGCUUUCCAAUGCGGGUCGUAUGACAUCACAUCCACUAAUUGCGUCUGUGGAUCACAUUGAACUUUCGAAGCACUGUUCAGAGCAUGAUUGCUGGAUUCUUCUGUUCGACACGGUCUACGAUGUGACUAGAUAUUUGGAAUUUCAUCCUGGAGGAAUUCCCCAGUUAAUGAGAGCCGCUGGUUCAGAUGCAACAGAAUUAUUUAAUGAGCUUCACAGAUGGGUUAACUACAAAUCUAUGUUGAAAAAUUGUGUAAUUGGACCUUUUGUUGGACAAAGAGAAAAAUGUAAGAUUCAACUAAUUGAGUAUAUAUUAAAAAUUUUUUUAGUAAAACCACCUAGAGCUCUAGCUGCUGACAAUGAACAAAUUGAAUCAACAAAUAAUUUAAAUUAA